UCUAAUACGGUGCUUUAAAAUUAUGCUUCUUUUCUGAUCAUAACGAUUCAGCCAGUGUGAAAUUUCGGCGGAAGGCGGUCGAUCAGAACUUGGAAGUAAAUGUCUCAGUUACUGUGUAAGCGUUGGAGCAGGUUGGUUACAUCACUCAGAACAGCAAAUUGUGGGAAGAGAGUUCAACUCUCGGCAUUGACCUUUUCCACCAGCUCUGCCGAGCGUGACAGUCCGAGUCGAUCCAGUCCGCCUCCAAUUCGAGUGGGUUUUACCGAGUCAGCUGGGCGUGGUGUAUUUGCCACUCGAGCAAUCGGAGCCGGAGAUCUCAUCCAUACUGCCAAACCCUUUCUGAGCCACCCUCCUCCCUCUGUUAUCCACACUGUCUGUUAUUUUUGCCUCAGAAAGCUCCGAAAUUCGAGCCAACCUGAAGAUGCAGGCGUAUCAUUUUGCAGUGAAGAAUGCAAAGAACGUUCUAAGGAGUUUUAUGAUGUUGAGAUGAAAGCGAAUUGGAUGGCUUUUGAUGAUUAUUGCCGGACCCACGGUUUGAAAUAUCCAUUUCUGGUAAAACGGUUGGCUUGCAUGAUCAUAUCAGGAGUUGCUAGUGUAGACAGUCUUGACAUACUUCAACCUGCCAGCUUGACUCCUGAGAUGAUAUUUGAGUUGGAAGAGGGUUUUGCCUUGUUUAGGAACGCCUUCACGAAGACACUUAUUGCAGAUGAAGAUAUUGCUUUUCUAAGCAAGCAAUGGUACAUUAGUGUCCUGGCCCGAAUUCGUAUUAAUGCAUUUCGAGUUGAACUGGCUGGAGUCUUGUAUGAAGACCUGCUAUCAUCUGCAGUUGCAUCUGUAGAAGCCGAAGCUGCUGUUGGAAAUGCUGUCUACAUACUUCCAUCAUUCUACAACCAUGACUGUGAUCCUAAUGCACACAUGAUAUGGAUAGAUAAUGCCGAUGCAAAACUGAAGGCCCUCCGUAACGUUGAAGAAGGCGAAGAACUAAGAAUCUGCUACAUUGAUGCCAGCCUGGACCGUUAUGCUCGGCAAGAACUUUUGCUUCAAGGUUUUGGUUUUCAAUGCAUUUGUAAUAGAUGCUUACAAGGCGACUAAUAUAUGUCUUUGGAAUUUUUCUCCUAAAUUUUGUAAUUUCGUUUGAUUGAAAGCACCCACCGGGCUGGAACUGCCAACAUUCGUCUAGUCAUUU